CCAAGCCGCAGGGCGGUGAAUCGCCUCCCGCGCGCCGCGAUGACGUCGGGGAGCAGCGACGCUUUAUAAGGGGCGGCGGGCGGGUAGGCAGAAGGUUCUGGCAGUUGCGGCGGUGUGAGUGUGUGCCGGUCGGUGGUAGCGGCGCUGCGCGGCCCGAGCGUCUCGCGAUGACCCGUGGGAACCAGCGUGAACUUGCCCGCCAAAAGAACCUGAAGAAGACCCAGGAGAUCCAUAAAGGGAAAAGGAAAGAGGAUAGCUUGUCUGCUUCUCAGAGAAAACAGAGAGACUCUGAAAUCAUGCAGCAAAAACAAAAAGCAGCUAAUGAAAGGAAGUCUCUGCAGGCAGGAGCAAAAUGAGCUGCUUGGAGGGAGUGCACCAGUGAAGAGGAGGGCCUGGAAGAUCAUUCACAGAAGUGUCCAGCCAUUAAAUGAUUAAAAUCUCAUCUUGUGGAGUUGCUCAGCUACCAUUAGUUAGAGUAUUUUCUGGUUAGUGUAGGCUUAGUUCUCUGGAGUGCUCUUUGAAAAGUCACUACACUCUCUGCAUGCAUAUAAAUAGAAGUAACCAAGCAAUAGUACUUUACUCCAGCUUUUGCUGUGUUUGUUGGUCUCACUUACUGUUUCCAGUAACAAUGAACUUCUGUAUUUACAGUUAGACCAGAUUUUCUUGUCUUAAUUCUUGAAGUACAGCUUAACCUUACAGAGGUCGGACUGUAAAUUUCAUCCUAAAUUAUUUUUGCAAUAAAAUGUUGCAUGAAAUACU